UCCAACCCAGCAACCAUUUGAGAUACAAAAUGAAGCUCUUCUUCUUCCUUCUUCUACUUGCCAUCCUUAUACAGGCUUUGGUGCAGGCUUCUGCAUUUAGCAGCAAUGCCAACUCUCUGGCAAAUAUGGAUGAAGCAAGUGACAUGGUGGCUCUUAACAAAAAGUAUCACUAUCACAAGAGAAUCAAUUGCAAAUAUGCAUGCUCCAGGCGGUGCAGGAAGGCAUCGAGAAAGAAUGUCUGUUACAGAGCAUGCGGGACGUGCUGUAAGAGAUGCCAGUGCGUUCCUCCGGGGACUUACGGCCACAAGAGUGCCUGUCCUUGCUAUGCGAAACUCAGAACUCAUGGCAAUAAGCUCAAGUGCCCUUAAUUUCUAUUCGAUUUCUUAAAUAUUUAUAUAUUUCGUUUGUAAUAAUUAAGGGAUCGAUAUUCUACUCCCAAGACUCUACCUCU